AUGGCUUCUGAAAUUCCGGUCGAAAGGUACUAUCUGCCCGAUGAGAUCGUUAUCCACAACGAUGCGUCCAGCGCUUGGGUAAGUGUGCACCGUUUGGUCAUCGAUCUCACUCCACUGUUCGUUGCCGGACUGGCAGAGCCGGAGACGAGGACGCUUACCAAGCGCUUGCAGUGGUUGUUGGCUUUUGCAGGGAAGGAUCUGAGCUCCUUCUUCCAUCCCGAUGGUACACCGAUCGAACGGACAAACGUACGCUCCGAUCAGCCGAUUCCAGUGUUUGUACCGGCGAUGGAACGUAAUGCUGCCACCGGUCGUCGUUGGUGGCGUGAUCCGGCGCUUGUAAUCGGUCGCGUUACGCAUCUCGUUUGUCCGGUGAAAAUCAUCAACACGCUUACGCUGCACGCGACCGAGAUGAGCGUGUGCUACGAAGAUACGAUCGAGGUGAUGCGAGAAAAGUAUCUCCGGUACAACAGCAACGCCCGGCAGUACGAAUGGCGCCGUGAUCUGGCCGUGGGCACUGAAAAGGGAAGGCUGCGGAUGGACCGGACGCUGCUGGAGAAUGGGUUCUUCGUCGCAGACUUUGGCACGCGUCCAAUCAUUUGGCUGUUUUACAUUGUACCCGAAGAGCCAACCUCGGCUGGUGAUCAUCGUUCCGGUGAUGAUACGGGUUCUUUCUCCGGAAAUACAUCCCCCCUCCCCGAUGGAGCCCAGGCUGUAGCGGUGUAG